UCUGCUUCAACAGUGUUUGAACCGAAACAGGACUCACACACGAAUUUCCAAAAAUUUUCAGUUUUAUUUUUAUCCUUGCCAUAAAACUCGUUCAAGAUGUCGUUCUCAGUUUGCCGUCAGAACUAUCACGAGGAGUCCGAGGCGGGCGUCAACAAGCAGAUCAACCUCGAGUUGUACGCCAGCUACGUCUACAUGUCGAUGGCCUUUCAUUUCGACCGUGAUGAUGUAGCUUUGCCUGGAUUCCACAAGUACUUCAUGGAGGCCUCGCAUGAAGAGCGCGAGCAUGCCGAGAAGCUUGCCAAGUUCCAGCUGCAACGUGGAGGCCGCAUUGUGCUUCAAGACAUCAAGCGCCCUGAGCGCGACGACUGGGGUUGUGGACAGGAUGUCAUUCAGGCAGCUCUUGACCUGGAAAAACAUGUCAACCAGGCCUUACAUGAUCUGCACAAGGUCGCCGAGAAGCACGGUGACUCCCAGGCCUACCAUUUCGACCGUGAUGAUGUAGCUUUGCCUGGAUUCCACAAGUACUUUAUGAAGGCCUCGCAUGAAGAGCGCGAGCAUGCCGAGAAGCUUGCCAAGUUCCAGCUGCAACGUGGAGGCCGCAUUGUGCUUCAAGACAUCAAGCGCCCUGAGCGCGACGACUGGGGUUGUGGACAGGAUGCCAUUCAGGCAGCUCUUGACCUGGAAAAACAUGUCAACCAGGCCUUACUUGAUCUGCACAAGGUCGCCGAGAAGCACGGUGACUCUCAGAUGCAAGACUGGCUCGAGUCGCAUUACCUGACUGAGCAAGUGGAGGCCAUCAAGGAGCUUGCUGGUCACUUGACCAACCUGAAGCGUGUUGGCCCUGGCUUGGGAGAAUUCCAGUUCGACAAGCUCACCCUCGACGACUAGAGGGGUGCAGGCUGGACUGAGUCUUGAAACCAUGGAUUGACCUUUAAACCGAAGUAGAUCUUAUCAACCCUGAUGUGACACACAGCGCCGCCCUUGUUCACAUAAAUCGGAAUUCAUGGCAAGCCUUUGGAUAAUUCUAUCUUUCCACUCCGAGGCACACUUUGCCGUGCCCUGGUCCCUAUUUCAUCUAAUGGUAAAGGGAUCAGUGGAGCCGUUUUUUGUUAACAAGGGCAUCUUUUUUUCUUUUGUUAGACUUGUUUUCUGUAGUGACUAAAUAAAAGCAUUAUAAAAUCAA